UCCGAAGUAGUUACUACUUACUAAAAACAUUGUUUACCUUCCUUCGGAUAUCUGAAUUGCCUACAGAGAAAAAUAUUGGCUACUCUCAAACAUAAGGCGAUCGUUUUCUCUUUUCUCCACUCACCGCUGCAUCGGAACAGUCUCCUCCACUGAUCCGUCAUGGACAACUCUGUUCGAAUCUAACAUCAAAACCUCGCUCGUUUCACCUGUUUCGAGUUCUCGUUUCCCACGCUUCAAUUUUGGCGUAAUCACACGGAUUCAACGUUUCUGUGUGCUGUGCUUACAAUUGCCGCGGCUUGUUUUUGCUUUCGUUAUGGAUUGUGUUUCUCAUUUUGUGAUAGCUUUAGAGACCUAACCGAUCUAUGCCGGUUGUUAAGUCGGUAUCUGUGUAAAAUGAGCUUUGAGAGGGCUUUUGUAUGGACAAUCUACAUGAUCCGCAAGCCUAAUGAACUUUAACGGUGUUGCUAUCUUUGAAAUUACUUCGUUAAAAAGUAACUUGAACAAUUUGUGUGAUGUGAGUGAGGAGCUGUGUGUGAAUUCUGUGAGAGGUUUCAAAGUUUUGUUUAUGUGCAACCUUGAUUUUUAUUGUUUUUGUUUCCCCCUUUGUUUUUGGUUUACUUCUCUACUUAUUUUUAUAUGGAUUGACUGAGUGGAACUAUGAAAAAAGAAAUUCUUAUGGCUUGUUUGAAACUUUGACGAUCAUCCCCUGACGCUAGCUAUUGUAUCUUUUGAAUUAAAGGCUGCAAUUUACUCACAUCUGUACCCUUUGGAGACAUUUCCAAACACGCAUUUAAUGAGUUUAAUAAUGAAUCUUGUAUCAAUUAGCUAGUUGCUGUGCUUCAACUGUUUCAAUGAGAUAGUUAUAUAGAGUCUAAAAAAGAGGUAAUUCUCAAGAUGUGGUUGUGCCACCGGUUGAAGGUGUUGCAGGAGGUGGUACCGCUUAUGGGUGGAAUGAUGGUGGCACACUUGGCUUGAAUGUCAAAGGACCAGUUGACCCAACAGAAAUUCCAACUAGGGAUUUAGUUCAUGUAUGGUGCAUGCCAAACACAGCAAAUAUUGGACCUCAAGAUAUGGCCAGACAUUUGGAGCCUAUAAACCUGCUGGCAGCUAGAAAUGAGAGGGAGAGUGUGCAAAUAGCUAUCCGACCAAAGGUUUCAUGGGGUGGUGCUAGUGCUGCAGGGACUGUGCAGAUUCAGUGCAAUGACCUAUGCUCCACAUCUGGAGACAGACUGAUUGUUGGCCAGUCACUACGGUUGCGGCGGGUGGUGCCCAUUUUAGGUGUACCUGAUGCUCUUGUUCCUGUUGAGCUUCCAGUCAGUCAAAUAAACCUAUUUCCUGGGGAGACUACUGCUCUUUGGAUAUCUAUUGAUGUUCCUAGUUCUCAACCUCCAGGACAAUAUGAAGGAGAAAUUCUCAUUACUGCCAUAAAAGCAGAUGCAGAAUCUCCUUUUCAAAGUUUUAGCAAGGUUGAGAAACAUCAAUUAUAUAGGGACCUAAAGGGAUGUCUUGAUGUUGUUGAGCCAAUUGAUGGAAAACCAUUAGAUGAAGUGGUUGAAAGGGUGAAAUCUGCGACUGCAUCUUUAAGAAGGAUUCUUCUGUCUCCAUCAUUUUCUGAAUUCAUUUCAGAUAAUGGACCAGUAGACAUAAUGGAUGAGGAUGCGAUUUCAAAUCUCUCUCUACGGGUGAAGUUAAAUCUGACUGUUUGGGAAUUCGUACUUCCUGAAACUCCCUCGCUCCCUGCUGUAUUUGGUAUAUCGGAUACUGUAAUUGAGGAUCGAUUUGGUGUUCAACAAGGGACAGCUGAGUGGUAUGAGGCAUUGGAUGAACAUUUCAAAUGGCUUCUUCAAUAUAGAAUCAGCCCGUAUUUUUGUAAAUGGGCUGAUGGUAUGCGUGUUUUGACAUAUACAUCUCCAUGGCCAGCGGAUCAUCCAAAGUCAGAUGAAUAUUUUUCAGAUCCACGGUUGGCUGCAUAUGCUGUACCGUAUAAACAAGUAAUCUCCGGUAAUGAUGCAGCAAAGGAUUACUUGCAGAAACAAGUUGAGAUAUUGAGAACCAAAACUCACUGGAGAAAAGCUUACUUUUACUUGUGGGAUGAGCCACUGAACUUGGAACAAUAUGAUUCUGUUCGCAAUAUGGCUAGUGAUAUUCAUGCGUAUGCUCCAGAUGCUCGUAUUUUAACUACUUACUAUUGUGGACCAAAUGAUGCGCCUCUUGCACCUACUCCAUUUGAGGCUUUUGUUAAAGUUCCAAGUUUUUUGCGUCCUCAUAAUCAAAUUUAUUGUACAAGUGAAUGGGUUCUGGGCAAUCGGGAAGAUCUGGUUAAGGAUAUUAUUGCUGAAUUACAACCAGAGAAUGGUGAGGUAAUAUUAUAAUUUCAUUGUUUUUCCAAAGUUGUUAUUUGUUCUGUGCACUAAAUUUCUGCCGAUGUGGUUGAUAUUUACUAUUCCUCAUCAAUGCUGGUCGUAGAACAAAAUCUUGUAAACGUAAGCAAGCACUCUUGUUUGGUAUAUAUUUUUCAUGAUAAUGGCCUGAGUCUACCUUGUGUACCGUGAGGCUCAGCUCUAUGUUCCUAUCAUGGUUUUUCCCGUUGUGUCUGCCAUGAUCUGGGUUUUGGAAACAGUACUAGCAUCAACGUUUUAGGGUAGAUUCUUUAU